CGAAGGAGGCUGUUUGUUCCAAAUGUUGGUGGGACGGGAUCCGAGGCGCACUGCACCGCCGGGCACCCGGGCGCCUCUCCUCUCGCUCCCGGAGGCUGUGUGAGUGCUUGCUCCCCGUCUCCCACCGCGCGUCGAAGGGGCCACGCUGGGCGGCGCCAAGGGCGCAUGGGGUGCGCCUGGAUGGCCCCGGAUUCGCCCCCAUAAUGUUCGCAUGGGAUCCCCGCAGCAGCCAUUCUGAAGCCUCGGACCCCGCACUUUUCCCUCGUGGAUUACCGCUCUUGGGAAGCCGCCGGAGCCCCCUCGCUUCUCGUCGGCACCGUCCUCGUUCGACCCCGCACCAUGGCUUCGGAUCAGCCGGUCCCCGGGACCGGGGGCUUCUUUGGAGAGCUCCCGUCGUCUUACGCAGCUGCCGCCAACUCCGAUCUCCUUCGGAGACCCAGCUACUGCCACGCAGCCUUUGCCCUCAAGCAGAUCUCCAAGGGUAAGGCUGUUGGCCAGAAAGCCCCACUGUGGCUGCGGGCCCAGUUCCAGUCCCUGUUGUUUACACUGGGCUGCUGGAUCCAGCGUCAUUGUGGCAAAGUGCUUUUUGUGGGGCUGCUGGUCUUCGGGGCACUGGCUGUAGGGCUGCGAGUAGCCUCCAUCGAGACCGAUAUUGAGCAGCUCUGGGUAGAAGAGGGCAGUCGUGUCAGCCAAGAGCUCCGAUACACAAGGGAAAAGCUAGGCGAAGAGUCUCUCUACACAUCCCAGAUGCUAAUACAAACUCCCAAACAGGAAGGAGAAAACAUCCUAACUCCAGAUGCCUUGGAAAUGCAUCUUGAAGCUGCUCUGGCUGCUAGCAAAGUGCAAGUCUUGCUAUAUGGAAAAUCAUGGGAUCUCAACAAAAUAUGCUACAAAUCAGGUGUCCCAAUAAUUGAGAAUGGAAUGAUUGCACGGAUGAUUGAGAAGCUCUUCCCCUGUGUUAUUGUGACUCCAUUGGAUUGUUUCUGGGAUGGUGCCAAGCUACAAGGAGGGUCUGCUUAUUUGCCGGGUCGGCGGGACAUCCAGUGGACCAACUUAGAUCCUAUUCAGCUGAUGGAGGAAUUGGGUCAAUUUGCCUCACUGGAAGGAUUCAAGGAGAUGCUGGAUAAGGCAGAGGUUGGCCAGGCCUAUAUGGAGCGGCCUUGUCUUGACCCUUUUGACCCUGAGUGUCCUCCUAGUGCCCCCAACAGACAAAGCCAGAAGGAACCACACAUCCCUUCUGAACUCACAGGUGGCUGCCAUGGCUUCUCCCAAAAAUACAUGCACUGGCAAGAGGAGCUCAUCCUGGGGGGCACAGUAAAGGAUUCUCAGGGCAAACUGCAAAAAGCUGAAGCCCUGCAGAGCAUGUUCCUGCUGAUGAGUCCACGACAACUUUAUGAGCACUACCGGGAUGACUACGAGAUACAUGAUAUCAGCUGGAGUGAGGAGAAGGCUGCUGCUGUGCUGGAGGCCUGGCAGCGGGAAUUUGUUGAGCUGGCCCAGGAAUCUCUGCCUGAAAAUUCUUCCCAGACUAUUCAUGCCUUUUCUACCACCACACUCAGUGAUAUCAUGAAGUCCUUUUCAGAUGUGAGUGCCAUCCGUGUGGCUGGCGGCUAUCUGCUAAUGCUGGCGUAUGCCUGCGUCACCCUGCUGCGCUGGGACUGCUCCAAAUCGCAGGGUGCUGUGGGCCUGGCUGGGGUUCUCCUAGUUGCCCUUUCAGUAGCAGCAGGACUUGGACUUUGCUCCUUGCUUGGAAUUUCAUUCAAUGCAGCCACCACUCAGGUGCUGCCCUUCCUGGCACUUGGCAUUGGCGUAGAUGACAUGUUCUUGCUGGCACAUGCCUUCACAGAGACUAGUCAGCAUGUCCCUGUCAAGGAGCGGACUGGUGAAUGCCUACGGCGUAGUGGCACCAGUGUGGCACUCACCUCUGUCAAUAAUAUGAUUGCCUUCUUCAUGGCUGCCCUUGUGCCCAUCCCAGCCCUGCGUGCCUUCUCUCUACAGGCUGCAGUAGUGGUUGUUUUUAACUUUGCCAUGGUGCUGUUCAUUUUUCCUGCCAUUCUGAGUCUGGACCUUCACAGGCGUGAAAACAAAAGGCUUGAUAUUCUCUGCUGCUUCUACAGCCUCUGUUCUGCCCGUGUCAUCCAGAUCCAACCACAAGAAUAUGCUGAUGUGAAUGACAACCACACUGCUCCAACUUAUCCCCAUGGUGUUCCAGCCCUGACAACCAGCACACAUAUCACUACCACUGUGCAGGCCUUUACUCAAUGUGACUCCUCUGGGCGGCAUGUAGUCACUAUCUUACCACCCACACAGCAUGUAUUUACCACUCCCUCUACUCUUCUCCCUGCCAAUCCUCUGGGCUCACAAAUCUUCACUCCUGCCAGUUCCACUCGCAAUCUUCUGGCACAGCUAGAUGAGAGCAAAGGAGCCCAGGAGUGUGUGCCCUUGCCUUUUUGUCGAUGGAAUCUUUCCAGCUUUGCUCGUGACAGAUAUGCACCCAUCCUGCUGCAGAGCCAAACUAAGGGAAUUGUGGUAGCUCUAUUUCUAGCCCUGCUGGGCCUCAGCCUCUACGGUACAACCAAGGUGCACGAUGGGCUCUAUCUGACUGAUAUUGUCCCCCGAGGUACAAAGGAGCAUGCCUUCAUUUCAGCUCAAUUCAAGUAUUUCUCCUUUUAUAACAUGUUUGUGGUAACGAACGGAGGCUUUGACUACCCAAGUUCACAGGAAGCUCUUUACAGCCUGCACCAGGCCUUUGCUGCCAUCCAGUAUGUAGUACGUGAUGAGAAUCGCCAGUUGCCAAAGAUGUGGCUGCACUACUUCCAGGAUUGGCUGCGAGGCCUACAGGUGGCCUUUGACCAAGACUGGGAAGCUGGGCACAUCACCAGGGAAAAUUAUCGUAAUGGUUCAGAAGAUGGUGCUCUCGCCUAUAAGCUCCUCAUCCAGACAGGCAACAAGAAAGAGCCGUUCAACUUAAAUCAACUGACAACUCGCCGUCUGGUCGAUGAAAAUGGGAUCAUUCCCCCUGAUACCUUUUACAUCUGCUUGACAGUGUGGGUGAGCAAUGACCCCCUUGGCUUUGCUGCUUCCCAGGCCAACUUCUAUCCACCACCCCCGGAGUGGAUCCAUGACAAGUAUGAUGCCACCGGUGAAAAUCUUCGAAUCCCAGCUGCACAGCCCCUGGAGUUUGCUCAGUUCCCCUUCUACCUCAAUGGACUGCAGCAGACAUCGGACUUUGUGGCAGCUAUCGAGAGUGUGCGUGCCAUCUGCGAUGAGGUGGCCCAGACACAUGGAGUAUUCAGCUACCCCAGCGGAUACCCGUUCCUCUUCUGGGAGCAGUACAUUGGCCUGCGCCACUGGCUUCUGCAGGCCAUCAGCAUUGUGCUGGCCUGCACGUUUCUGGUGUGCACUCUGCUGCUACUCAACCCUUGGACUGCCAGUAUCAUUGUAUUUGUUUUGGCAAUGAUGACAGUUGAGCUUUUUGGCAUCAUGGGCCUGAUGGGCAUCAAACUGAGUGCAAUCCCUGUGGUCAUCCUAAUUGCUUCUGUAGGCAUUGGUGUGGAAUUUACUGUACAUGUAGCCCUGGGGUUUCUCACAGCCAUUGGCAGCCGGAACCUGCGCUCCACUGUGGCUUUAGAGCACAUGUUUGCUCCUGUAAUGGAUGGUGCCAUUUCCACUCUGCUUGGUGUUCUUAUGUUGGCAGGCUCAGAAUUUGACUUCAUUCUGAGGUAUUUCUUUGCUGUGCUUACUAUCCUGACUAUUCUGGGGCUACUUAAUGGCCUGGUGCUGUUGCCUGUGCUACUGUCUAUUAUUGGACCACCUGCAGAGGUCACACCAGCAGAUAAUGGCAGCCGCUUGCCAACACCAUCUCCUGUCCCACCGCCUCUCAACCAUCACAACUUCUACAUUCACCAACAUGGAAAUGCCUUUGGUGACUCCUCAGACUCAGAAUACUACUCAGAGACAGUUAGUGCAUCAGAGACUGGUGAAGAUGACCGCGGCACAUAUAUCAUCUCCCCAGCACAAUCACAGAUCUUGGUCAAGGCCAGCAAAAGUCCUAAUUUUCCCCAGAUCACUGUGGUAAAAAGCUACAAGACAAGCCUAGAAUCACCUUUAUCAUUGUGCAGCCCGGAAUGGACCCAACCCACAACACCUGGUGGCCGUUUACCAACAGCUGUCACAGAAAUCAAAGGUUGUUUGCAGCAGCAAGGACAGCCCAAUCACAGACUAGGGUCUCAGUUGGCUCAGUCUACUCCCAAUCCUCCUCGGACUGACUCCAUUACCCACAGCACCAAAAUACCACCUUUAGGACCUGGUGGCACUUUCACCACAGUUACAGCCACUGCCUCGGUGAUGUUGGCCUUGUGCCCAUCUUUGCCUGGAUCUUGCCGGGGCUAUACGCAUGAGGGAUUUGAAUCUGAUGAUAGCUCUGAGAAACCUGGCCCAAAUCCAUCUGACAGUUUGGAACUACAGGACCUAACACAGAAUCAUUAGCCAUCCGCUUUGCCAAGACAAGUCACUGGCUCUAGAACUCCUGCCUCAGGGCUGGUGGGCAUCCCAAGUGGGCAUGGGGGCCAGAUACAUCCCACAUCACAGAUUGUGAAGUUGGCUGUAUUUAUGGAAGCUCUCGCACUGUGUCUAACCAACUGCAGGCAUAAUCAGUGCUGCUGAGAACAAAGAGGCCAGAUUAUUUUCAGUAUCCAUACUGUAAAAAGGUUGAUAGGAGAAUCUCUCAGCAUUUCCAGAUGUGUCUGGAACCAAAAAGUGUUCUGGUUUCUUGGGUGUCAGGGCAUAGAUUCUGUACCCUUGGUUUGGACCAGUGACCCAUUUAACAUCAGACCUACUUGAAUCUGAAAAAUGAAAGUGCCCAUUCUCCAUAUGCUGUGUGAACCAUCUCAUGGCCUUCUUUGGGCUAUUUGCCCAAACAGCCACCUCCCAUGGAGAAAACAGGACUGGACUAUGCGUGGGGAACUCUCCCACAUUGUGCUGCUAUUCUUUUAUUUUUAUUAAUAUUAUUAUAAUUAUUAUUAUUUUAAGCUGUAUAAAAAGAGUCACAAACCCUCCCCCCUAUAAUUAUAAUAAUUAUUUUUAUUAUUUUCACGGCUCCCUCAAUGACCAUGUGGCAAUUUCCCUUUAAGGGGAAACACCAGGGUGAAGUUGUAAUGGGGAGAGCACCCCUGUUGUAAUGUGGAGUGGAGGGAGUAUGCAAUGGUGGGGCACAAUGUGUCUUAAGGUUCUAUGCAAACUGUGUGGGAGAGGCUGCAUUCUGUUCUUGCUCUCCCCAGUAGUACUGCCUGUCCUGGCAUCUGCAAUGUGGCUGUCCUGGAUCCUGUUCCUCCCCCUUCCCCUAUCCCAGACUUUAUAAACUUUCUCUUACUUUGCUUGCCUCUUGUAUCAACUGAAAACGUUCAUCACACCAAUGUCCCCUAAGCAAUCUCUGAUUAGUGUUUAAAUGUUCUGCUUCAUGACUAACAGAAGACAGGGAUUAUUCAAGACCAAGAAUUUGUCACUUCCUCCACCCGGAAAAAUCACAGUUGGGUCUUCAAAAAUCAGUGAAAGAUAGAUUUAUCCCUAUUCCUGGUACUUGACAGAAUGCCUGCAUACUUCUAUUGAUUACAAAAACUGUGUUGCACAUAAGGAUUAAAGGUAUCUAGGAAAAAACAACAGUCAAAGAAGAAAGCAUGGUAAAUUCAGUUGUGUACUGUCCUCAUAGAGGGAGUAUAUGUAAUAAGGUUGGCCACUCCAUGUUAUUAUUGGGGUGAUGGCACACAUACCAGUUGAGAUCUUUUUACAGAUUUUUUUUCUCUGCUGAGAUGACUGGCUUCCUGAUCUUUAUGGCUGUGGUAGAAAUACUCAAGCCAUACUUGAUAGCCAAUGGGUUUUCUUUUCCUUUCUACCAGAGGAUAUUUCUAUGUAAAAGAAACUUUAUGUGUGAAACUGCCCUUUGAUUUUACUUUGAGAGAUUUUGAGGUGACAGAAACCUCUCCCAUUCAGCAAGAUAUUGAUGCAGUUGUCAGAGCAAAAAUGUUUAAUCUCCUGCCUAAAAAUUGAAUAUGAUGGUUGCUGUUUCUAUUCUUAAAUUCUCUUUCUGGUUCAGCUUCUUUGGUAGAAAAUGUAAAAAUGAAUUAUCAUUUGGCAACAGGAUUCCGUUAUGUAAGUUUGGUUUCUGCAUAACCAAGUCAAUAUUGCUUUAUAAAACAGUUUGGUUUUUCCAUUCUAUUUCAGAAUGUCAUCCUGCAUUCUGCAUGAAAUUUAAAGAGCUGGUUUCUGGCCAGGUCUAGUCUGGGCAUCACAAGAGAAUGUCUGACACCAUAUAUGUUAAAACACAAUUUUCCUGGAUUUAAAAUGAUUUAUUUAUUCCUUUAUUUCUGUCCUUUUCCAAAGGAGAAAAGAAUGGCAGCUGGAGCAAUAUUUUCUUUUGGUUAGGUCUAUUUACAUGAGGUUACCAACAUCCCUAUGUUAAACUACUCUCUAUUUAAGUUAACAUCAAAUCAAAUGAUAUAUUUUCUUAAUAUGCUACUCUUUCAUCUGCUGGAUUUUCAAUCUGCCAAACAUGGCAAUUUUCCACAAAGAAUAAGAAAGCAAGGCAUACAGAUUUAGAUGAUUUCAUUAGUCACCUGCAUCAAUGCAAUAACUGUAGGCCAGGGAGCAGGCAACGCAAUGCCCUCUGGAUAUUUUGCAGUUCAACUUCCAUCAGUCCUAGCAUAGCCACUGGCAAGAAAUUGUGGGAGUUGUAGUCCAAAACAUCAAGUAGGCAUUAGGUUGUCUACCCAUGCCAGUUGCAGGAAAUGUAGAGUUGAGAACAGAGACUGCAACUAGCAAAGCUUUUAAGUGAAGGAUUUUUGACACCAUGAGAUGGAAACAAUCUAACCUUUUAUACACAUGCACGCAAACACAUGCAGCCUUCUUAUAAAAAAAGAUGAAAUGACUCGAAACAAAAUUAUGUAUCUGUUAAGGCAGGUAAAUUGUUUUAGCUGGUCCUGAUUAUAGAUUUGGGAACUUCAGAAGUCAGGAAGCCCCUCCCCAUAAUUUUUAGGCAUGACGCUGCCCAACAUUUAGACACUAAUAGUUUGCUACUUUAACCAUGGUAUUACUGUGUUCAGUAAGUUAACCUUUUAAAGCAUUGUCAGUGUGACUGUCUGCUAGCUGUUUUUAGUAGCACGGGUGUCACUCUGAGGGCUUCACUUGUGUGACAUGCUCAGAAAAAAAAUGGUAUCAUCCCCUUGAGCACAGCGGCUGUUAUCACAAUCAACCAGUAUUCUUGCAAGAGAAAGAGCAGAGUUGAUGCUUCUUGGAAUCAAUUUCCCAUUGACAUUCUUCUUUCUAAACCCCAGGCACUUUAACCCCCUCCCUUCACCCAAGAACUGCUGUAAUUUUAUUCCCCAGCCAAAGUUGGAUUUACUUCUUGUUGCCAGGGGAACGUUCUGCUGAGGUUUUCACAUUUGGUGUAAGGUGAAAGCUUCAGUAGAUUUAUGCCUCGUUAAAAUGAAUGCAUUCAGUUUAUUUUGAACUAUCACAGAUUCCUAAAGUCCGGAGAAAUUUCCCAGAACAAAUUUGCCAUAUGGCCAUUGGCCUGGCCAACAUUUGGACUGAGGUUUUCCCACCAUUAAAUUCCUUCCAUCCAUCCACUAACUAAAAAUAACUCACUGCUUCUAGAAAACCCAUCUUCCCCCUCACCAAGUCUGGGACCAGUGAAACAUGGUGGAAAGUGGACACAUUGUAAGUGUAUUUGUGUGUGUGCGUGUGCAUGUGAGUAUGUAGUGGGUGUGCUAGAGAUCUGUUAACCUGAUAAAGUUGUCAUGCCAUAUAAAUUAUUUAUAUGAAAAAGAAAGAUUUAUUUUUGUAGUUUGUACAGACUUCUAGCCUUGCAAUGGAAUUUUUAUUUUUAAAAGUAAAUAUAUAUUAUAUAUAAACCUAUCUUCUAGUGA